AUGGCAUUAAAAUUAUCAUGUUUAUCAAAAAAACGAAAACGUGAUUAUUUAACAUAUAAUGAUAUAAUCAAAUCAUUUUCUAAUUUAAAUAAUCGUUUUAAAGCAAUACUUGAAAAUUAUUCACAUAAUAUUAAUCUUGAAAUAGAUAAAAAUAUUCCAAAAUCUAUUCGUUUAUUAAAAAUAACAUUAAAUUCUCAAUUAGAUUUAUUUAAUUCAUUAAAAACAAAUCAAUUCUUAUCACUUCGCUCAUUAACAAUAUCGAAUUUACGUUAUAAUGAAAUCAAUCAUAUAUUAAAUAGCAUUCCAUCAACACAAUUAGAAUAUAUUUAUAUUGGAAUAUGUGUUAAUGAUCAAAAAGAAGAUUUUUCAAAAGUUUUAUCAUCAUUACAAAUUCUCAGUUUAACUCAAUAUCGAUUAAAAUGUUGUCGAUUUAAAGAUCAAUUUUCAAUUCCUAUUCAAGAUUUACCUGAAAAAUUUCCUCAACUGGAACAUUUACAAAUCAAAUCAUGUAAAAAUUUUUCUUAUCUUUCACAAAUUCUUAAUCGAACAGAAAAAAUCAGAUCAAUUGAUGUUUCAAUAAGAGAAUCUUGUCAACAAACAUUAGUCAUAUCAAAUCAAUAUUAUUUAACAUACCUGAUUCUUCGUCCAUUUCAUGAAUGUACAAUCGAUGAAUUAAAUCAUUUUAUUCAAAGACGUUGCUUUUAUUUAAAAAAAUUAAUCAUUCAAAUAUAUGUGUAUACAGUUAAUCAACCAAAAUUACUUAAUAUUAAUAAAUAUCAAUGGAUAAAUAUAUUUCCAAAACAACUAAAUUAUUUCUAUUUAAAAUCAAUUCCAACUGCAUAA